GUGAUAGUCAUGGCGGAGUUACACUUUCCUAACUUUCUGUGGUAAUUUUAAACCUGCAGCAGUGUGUAGUUAUGGAGCACAUCCAGGGAGCCUGGAAGACCCUGAGUAACGGAUUGGGCCUGAAGGACUCAGGGUUUGAUGACUCCUGCAUGUCUCCCACCAUCAUGAAGGGAUUCCCCUACCAGAGACGGUCCUCAGACGACGGCAAGAUGGCAGACCCUAAAACCAGCAGCACCAUUAGAGUGUUCCUGCCCAACAAACAGUGCACUGUGGUGAACGCGAGGCCAGGUAUGACCCUCCAUAACUGUCUGAUUAAAGCUAUGAAGGUACGAGGCCUCCAGCCAGAGUGCUGUGCUGUGUUCAGGCUACACUCUGCACAGAGCAGGAAGUCCAGGAUGGACUGGAACACGGACGCUACCUCGCUGAUAGGGGAGGAGCUACUGGUGGACGUUCUAGACCACGUCCCUCUGACAACACACAACUUUGUCCGAAAUACUUUCCUGAAGCUGGCGUUCUGCGACAUCUGUCAGAAGUUCCUGCUCAAUGGGUUCCGCUGCCAGACGUGUGGCUAUAAGUUCCAUGAACACUGCAGCACCAAGGUUCCCACAAUGUGUGUUGACUGGAGCAACAUACGACAGCUGCUCCUGUUCCCUACCCCUGGAGAGACUGGUGGUCCAUCUCUCCCUCCUCUAACAUCACGACGUCUGAGGGACUCGCUCUCCAGAUUUCCUGUCAGACACUCUACCCUCCAUGCCUUCAACCAGGCCCCUGGGUCUGUACUGGGGGCUGGACCGGCUGUGCUCUCCCACCGACUGAGAUCCACAUCCACCCCCAACGUACACAUGGUCAGCACCACCCUGCCGCUGGACAGCACCGCCUUCAAGGAUGCCAUGAGAAGUCAUGAAUCUGAGAGCCCUUCCGACCUCAGUCUAACAUGUUGGUCCCAGUCCGUCUCGUCCCGAGCGCCAGCCCCCAUGCACAAGGAGAGGGCUGGCUCCUCUAACACUCAGGUGAAAAACAGAAUGCGUCCCAGAGAUAAGAGAGCUUCCUCUUACUACUGGGAGAUCGAGGCCAGUGAGGUGGUUCUCCAGAACAGGAUCGGCUCUGGCUCGUUCGGGACAGUCUACAAAGGGAAGUGGCACGGUGAUGUAGCAGUGAAGAUCCUGAAGGUGGUAGAUCCAACUCCAGAACAAUUCCAGGCCUUCAGGAACGAAGUGGCUGUCCUCAGGAAGACGCGUCACGUCAACAUCCUGCUCUUCAUGGGCUAUAUGACUGAGGACAACCUGGCGAUAGUGACCCAGUGGUGUGACGGCUCCAGCCUUUACCACCACCUUCACAUCCAAGAGACCAACCUACAGAUGUUCCAGCUGAUGGACAUCGCCAGGCAGACUGCACAGGGCAUGAAUUAUCUACAUGCUAAGAAUAUCAUUCAUCGGGACAUGAAAUCCAACAACAUCUUCCUCCAUGAGGGUCUUACAGUGAAGAUCGGGGACUUUGGUCUAGCCACGGUGAAGGCUCGCUGGAGUGGUUCAUAUCAGGUGGAGCAACCCUCUGGGUCCAUACUAUGGAUGGCUCCAGAGGUGAUCCGCAUGCAGGACAACAACCCCUAUAGUUUCCAGUCUGACGUCUACUCAUACGGUGUGGUUCUGUAUGAACUGAUGACUGGAGAACUGCCUUACAGCAUGAUCGCUACUCGAGACCAGAUCAUCUUCAUGGUGGGUCGUGGCUCCCUGUUUCCAGAGCUGAGUAAGCUGUAUAAAAACUGUCCUAAAGCCAUGAAGAGGCUGGUGGCCGACUGCAUCAAGAAGUCCAAAGACGACAGGCCACUCUUCCCUCAGAUCCUGUCGUCCAUUGAGUUGCUGCAGCAUGCUCUACCUAGAAUCAACCGCAGCACCUCCGAGCCGUCGCUCCACAGAGCAACACACACUGAGGACGUUAACAUCUGCCCUUUGACCUACACACGCCAACCUACUGCUGUCUUCUAGACCCACACCAACCUGCCUUUGGCUUCAUCACAAAUGGCACUGUAUGCGCUAAUGUUUUCACCAGUCUCAUAGUGCUGCCUUGUAGGGCUCUGGACAAUAGAAGUGCACAAGGUGCCAUUUUAGACUGUCUGCAAGGUCGUCUCCCACCAGGCUGCCUGUGUCCUAGUCUGGACCCAGCCUGCCUCCAGUACUGGAGGGGUCUCAGUCCAGACUGAACAUGCUACCAGGCAUGCUUAGGGAGCAGAGUAGCUCUACUUUUCCUGAGAUCAUUUAUACUAAUUUAUUGAACAGGAAAAGUGUCCCCAAUCAGUUCCAUGUAAAAGCACAUUCUGAGUGUUCUACAACAAUCUACUCACAAGAUCAGCAUCGUUGAAUCAAAGUGUAAAGAAAUUUUUUUUAUUUUUUAUUAUUGCAAUUGAUGCUAUUUCUCUCACUGACGUGAGGGUGUUUCUGAACAUUGUCAGCGUCAAUCUCAACAUGGCUGUCUGCUGUUUGAGUGGACAUGCAGAGUUGUAACUGUUUCCUGGCUACACACAUCCGUCGGACUGUCCUACAGGGUAUAUAGACGAAGAGCUGCUAUCGUGUCAGGCAAAGGCUCUUCAAUUGUGAAAGGACUAUGAAGUUGUUUUUAAAAUUAAAGGAUUUUCAUAUGAUUUGGUUAUCUAUUAGUUUGCCUUCUAGGAUAAAUCUUGUACUUGGAACAAGCAUUAUAAACCUGAAAGAUUAUUUUAUUAAAAUACAAUGAAUAA